UCCGGGGGUCGACCGCUGGUUACCGCCGGGGCGGAGGCCUGGCGAUGGGAGCCCGCGUGCGGCUGCUGCAGACGGUGGACACCGAGUACACGGCCGACUCGGUGGAGUGGUGCCCGCUGGAAGGCUACAGGCACCUGCUGGCGUGCGGCACCUACCAGCUGCGGACGCUGGAGGACAGCUCUGACCGGGAGAGCCAGAGUGGAGUGGACUUCGAUGGGGAGCCUCCAGUCCGGUUAGGUCGUCUCUACCUGUACAGCUUCAGUGAGGAGAGCCCUGCUUCUCCUCUGGUUGAAGUCCAAAGAAGAGACAUGGCUGCAAUCCUGGACAUGAAAUGGUGCCACAUUCCAGUGGCUGGCCACACCCUCUUGGGCUUGGCAGAUGCUGGUGGAUCUGUACAGCUGCUCCACUUGGUGGACUCUGAGAAGAAUGCCUAUGCACUGCAGCCGUUCUCCAGCCUCACCCUGGGGGAGCAGAGUCUGGCCUUGUCCCUGGAUUGGUCCACUGGGAAGACAGGAAGGGCCAGUGGCCAGCCCUUGAAAAUCAUCAGCAGUGAUUCCAGGGGACAGCUCCACCUGCUGACAGUGAAUGAGGCUGGGCCAGGGCUGCAGGCGGAAGACUCAUGGCAGGCCCACCACUUCGAGGCCUGGAUCGCUGCUUUCAACUACUGGCAGACGGAGACCAUGUACUCAGGGGGUGAUGAUGGACUCCUGAAAGGCUGGGAUGCCAGGAGGACACACGAUGCACCUCUCUUCACCAGCAAGAGGCACUCCAUGGGCGUGUGCAGCAUCCAGAGCAGCCCCCACCACGAGAACAUCCUGGCUACAGGAAGCUAUGACGAACACAUCCUGCUGUGGGACACGCGCAACAUGCAGCAGCCGUUGGCAGACGUGCCUGUGCAGGGCGGCGUGUGGCGGCUCAAGUGGCACCCUUCCCACCCCCACCUGCUGCUGGCUGCCUGCAUGCUCGGAGGCUUCAAGGUCCUCAGCUGCCAGAAGGCUGUGGAGGAGAAGCAGGAUGCGUGUACGGUCUCAUUGUCCCACACGCUACACAACUCGCUGACCUACGGGGCCGACUGGUCCUGGCUUUCCCUGCAGCUGCCACCAAAAGCCCAGCAACUGGCCCCUUCAGCGUCCUUCCACCACAGCAACACGGGAGCCAGGCCAGCAGACUUGCAGCACAGCCUGAAGAUCCAAGGCACGUCAUUGGCCACCUCCCCAGAUCGUGCGGGGAAUGGAGACAGAGAGGGCCGUGCCUCACAAGCCAAGCUUGUGGCAGACGAUGUGAGGAAGGUUGGCAGCCAACUGCAUGUCACAGGGGGGAAGCCCUGUGACUGUGACCCCACCCUGGAAGGGACAAACUUAGACAUGAACCUCCUAGCCACGUGCUUGUUUUAUGAUCACGCACUUCACCUCUGGAAGUGGGAAGUGAGCUAAACUGGACAGGAGUUUGCUUGAACCCAUAAAGGCCAUUUCCACAAAUAAAAAGCCCCAUUUCCAUAAAGCUCCAUGCCCUUGGGCUGGCUCACCUAGUUCUUGCUGUGGCCCCUGCAGGCUGCUGUAUAGGUAGGUGUCUGUUUGUGGACCUGCCAUGUGGACGGUCAGGAAGGCCAUUGGCAUCUCUUAGACAAUCCUUCCCUGCGAAGCCAUCAGAAGCGGACAGGAUGAGCCACCUGGCAGGAGGGGUUUCCUCAUCCUGGGCCGCUUACUGGGCAUGGGAAGACCUGGUCUCUAGCUCUCAAAACUGUUAGUUGUUCAUGUAUUUUGACUUUGAGUAUUCAAACAAUUAUUUAUGUUAAUUAAAUGAUUUUUUUUUUUUUUUUUUUAAUGUUACAUCAUCACAAGUCAUUGUAAGUGAACAUUUAACAAGAUCACCUCCUGGCAAACCAGAGGUGCUUCCAUGAGACCCCUUUGCAGACAUAGGGAGAAAGCAAUACACACAUCAUAAACUUGAAAUAUGUGACAUGUUGUUGGUGUUAUUAGGUGCCGUUGAGUCAGGUCCGACUCAGAGCAACCUUGUGUACAACAGAGUGACACACUGCCUGGGCCUGUGCCAUCCUCACAACUGUUAUGCUUCAGCCCACUGUUGCAGCCAGUAUGUCAGUCCGUCUUGUUGAGAGUCUUCCUCUUUUUCGCUGACCCUCUACUUUACCAAACAUGAUAUCCUUCUCCAGAGACUGAUUCUUAGCGAAAACAUGUCCAAACUGUGUAAGAUGUAGUCUCAUCAUUCUUGGUUGUAAGGAGCAUUCUGGUUGUACUUCUUCCAAGACAGAUUUGUUCGUUCCACAGUAUAUUCAGUACUCUUCACCAGCACCACCGUUCAAAGGUUCUUUGAUCUUCAUUAUUCAUGGUUCAGCUUUUACAUGCAUGUGAGGCGACUGAAAACACCAUGGCUCGGUCAGGUGCACCUUAGCCUUAAAGGUGACAUCUUUGGUUUUUAACACUUCGAAGAGGUCCUUUGCAGAUUUGUCCAAUGUAAUGUAUCGUUUGAUUUCUUGACUGCUGCUUCCAUGGCUGUUGGUUGUGGAUCCAUGUAAAGUGAAAUCCUUGACAACUUCAAUCUUUUCUCUGGUUAUCAUGAUCUUGCUCAUUGGUCCAGUUGUGAGGAGUUUUGUUUUCUUUAUGUUGAGGCGUAAUCCAUACUGAAGGCUGUGGUCUUUGAUCUUCAUUAGUAAGUGCUUCAAGUCCUCUUCACUUUCAGCAAGCAGGGUUGUGUCAUCAGCAUAACGCAGGUUGUUAAUGAGUCUUCCUCCAACCCUGAUGCCCCGUUCUUCUUCAUAUAGUCCAGCUUCUCGGAUUAUCUGUUCAGCAUACAGAUUGAAUAGGUAUGGUGAAAGAAUACAACCCCGACACACACCUUUCUUAACUUUAAACCACUCAUUAUCUGCUUGCUCAACUGCCUCUUAUCUAUGUACAGGUUCCUCACGAGCACAAUGAUGUGUUCUGGAAUUCCCAUUCUUUGCAGUGUUAUCCGUAAUUUGUUAUGAUCGACACGGAGAGAACUUGUGAAGCAUUUCAUUGUACUUGGAUCCCAUAAUCAACAGCCAUGAAAGCAGCAGUCAAAAAAUCAAACAACACAUUGCAUUGGGUAAAUCUGCUGCAAAGGACCUCUUUAAAGUGUUGAAAAGCAAAAAUGUCACCUUGAAGACUAAGGGGUGCCUGACCCAAGCCAUGGCAUUUUCAAUUGCGUCAUAUGCAUGUGAAAGCUGGACAAUGAAAAAGGAAGACAAGAAGAAUUGACGCCUUUGAAUUGUGGUGUUGGCAAAGAAUAUUGAAUAUACCAUGGACUGACAAAAGAAUGAACAAAUCUGUCUUGGAAGAAGUGCAACCAGAAUGCUCCUUGGAAGCAAGGAUGGCGAGACUGCGUCUUACAUACUUUGGACAUGUUGUCAGGAGGGAUGAGUCCCUGGAGAAGGACAUCAUGCUUGGCAGUGUACAGGGUCAGCAGAAAAGAGAAAGACCCUCAACGAGGUGGACUGACACAGUGGCUGCGACAAUGAGCUCAAGCAUAGCAACAAUUGUGGGGAUGGCGCAGGACGGGGCAGUGUUUCGUUCUGUUGUGCAUAGGGUCGCUAUGAGUCAGAACCGACUCGACGGCACCUAACAACAACACAGUCGGAUGCCUUUGCAUAGUCAAUAAAACCCAGAUAAACAUCCUUCUGGUAUUCUCUCUUUUCAGCCAGGAUCCAUCUGACAUCACCAAUGAUAGCCCUAGUUCCACAUCCUGUUCUGAAUCUGGCCUGAAUUUCUGGCAGUUCCCUGUUGAUAUACUGCUGCAGCUGCUCUUGAAUCUUCAGGAAAAUUUUACUUGUGUGUGAUAAUGAUACUCUUGAAUAAUUUCCACAUUUGGCUGGAUUACCUUUCUUGGGGAUAGGCAUAAAUAUGGAUCUCUUCCAGUCGGUUGGCCAGGUGGCUGUCUUCCAAAUUUCUUGACAUACACGAACGAGCACUUCCAGUGCUGCAUCCAUUUGCUGAAACAUCUCAAUUGGUAUUCCAUCCGUUCCUGGAUCCUUGUUUUUCACCCUUGCUUUCAGUACAGCUUGGACCUCUUCCUUCAGUACCAUUGGUUCCUGAUCAUAUGCUACCUCCUGAAAUGGCUGAAUGUCGACCAAUUCUUUUGGUACAGUGACUCUGAGUUUUCCUUCCAUCUGCUUUUGAUGCUUCCUGUGACUUUUAAUAUUUUUCCUGUAGAUUCCUUCACUGUUGCAACUCGAGGCUUGAGUGUUUUCUUCAGUUCUUUCAGCUUGAGAAAUGCCGAGCAUGUUUUUCCCUUUUGGUUUUCUAUCUCCAGGUCUUUGCACAUGUCAUUUUAAUACUGUGUGUUCUGGAGCUGCCCUUCGCAAUCUUCUGUUCAGCUCUUUUACUUCAUCAUUUCUUCCUUUUGCUUUAGUGACCUGAUGUUCAAGAGCACGUUUCAGAGUCUCUCUUGACAGCCAUUUUGAUCUUUCUUUCCUGUUUUUUUAAUGACUGUUGCUUUCUUCAUGUAAGAUGUCCUUGAUGUCAUUCCACAAUUUGGUCUCCAGUCAUUAGUGUUCAACAUGUCAAAUCUAUCCUUGAGAUGGUCUCUAAAUUCAGGUGGGAUAUACUCAAGGUUAUAGUUUGGCUCUCCUGGAUGUGUUCUAAUUGUCUUCAGCUUCAACUUGAACUUGCAUUUGAGCAAUUGAUGGUAUUUCUGCAGUCAGCCCCUGGCCUUGUUCUUACUGAUAUUGAGCUGUUCCAUUGUCUUUCCACAGAUGCAGUCAAUUUGAUUCCUGUUUAUUCCAUCUGGUGAGAUCCAUGUGUAUAAUUGCCAUUUAUGUUGUUGAAAGACGGUAUUUUCAAUGAAGAAGUCAUUGGUCUUGCAAAAUUCUAUCAUACCAUCUCCAGCAUUGUUUCCAUCACCAAGGCCAUAUUUUCCAACUACCGAUCCUUCUUUGUUUCCAACCUUCAUAUUCCAAUCGCCAGUAAUUAUCAAUUCAUCCUGAUUGCAUGUUUGAUGAAUUUCAUACUGUAGAAGUUGGUGAAGAUCUUCAAUUUCCUCAUCUUUGGCAUCAGUGCUUGGUGUGUAAAUUUGAAUAAUACUCAUAUUAACUGGUCUUCCCUGUAAGCAUAUGGAUAUUUUCCUAUCACUGACAGCCCUGUACUUGAGAAUAUAUCUUGAAAUGUUCUAUUUGACAAUGAAUGGAACACCAUUCCUCCUCUUCAUUCCCAGCAAAGUAAACCAUAUGAUUGUCUGAUUUAAAAUGGCCAAUACCAGUCCAUUUCAGCUCACUAAUGCCUGAUAUCUAUGUUUACGCAUUCUACUUAUUUUUGAUGACUUCUAAUUUUUCCUAGAUUUGUGCUUCCUACGUUCCACAUUCCAAUUAUUAAUGGAUGUUUGCAGCUGUUGUUUUUGAGUCGUGCCACUUCAGCAGAUAAAGGUCCCAAAAGUUUGACUUCAUCCUCAUCAUUAAGGUCAGCUCUUCUUUGAGGAGGCAGCUCUUCCCCAGUCACCUUUUGAGUGCCUUGCAACCUGAGGGCCUCAUAUUCUGCGGCAAUAUCAGACAGUGCUCCGCUGCUAUACCUAAGGUUAUCACUAUUCACUUUUUUCAGAAAUAGACUGCCAGGUCCUUCUUCCUAGUCUUAGUCUGGAAGCUCAGCUGAAACCUGUCCACCAUGGGUCACCCUGCUUGUAUUUCAGUACCAGUGGCAUAGCUUCCAGCAUCCCAGCAACAGGCAAGCCCCCACAGUAAGAUAAACUGAGAGACAAGUGGGGAAUGUGACGUAUACAUGGCAAAUUAAUCACAUUUCCUCAUUGUGGCCAUAACAAACUGAUUAGAUUCCAAAUCCUGGCCAUGUGGUGACUGGGCGUGUGCGGCUGUGCAGCCAGUGCCUCUUGUUUGGCCGGAGGGAACUCUGGUUGAAUUAACAGGCCCUUAUUUUUUACUGAGUUAGUCUGGAGCCCUGGUGGAGCAGUGGCUAAGCAUUUGGUCGUUGACCAGGUCGGCAGUUGGAAUCCACCAGCCGCUCCUUGGAAACUCUAUGAGGCAGUUCUAUUCUGUCCUAUAAUAGGGUCACUAUGAGUCGGAAUCCACUCAGUGGCAAUGGUUUUGUUUUGUUUUUUCUACAUCUACUGGGAUACGUGUUCAGAGGCAGAAAGUUUACAUUUCUUCCCUUAUUUUCUGAUCAUACAACAUGCCAAUACAGGCUAGAGUCUAUGUAAUAAAAAUGAUAAAUUCCAGCUAAUGGCCCGUUUAUUUCAACCAAAAAAUGCUGGACCCUCUUUUAGAGGCUGAUUUAAGGAUGUUUAACCUAAGGGUUGGUUAAUAAAUAUUCAGCAGGAUUUUGAAGAGCUGAAGGAACCGUGCAUUGAAAUUGGAAUGAAGAGAUGAUUACAAGAGGAACCCUAGUUUUGGCACUGAUUCUUGUGUAGCCUCAUCUUCUGCAGGCCUCCCCCAAGCGGGACAGUUACUUUGACCUGAUGUGAAAAAACAGCUGCUUUGGAACCCAUUAAGAAUAUCCUCAUUGAUUCUUCCUUGGGUUGAAGAAUUUGAGGGAUGAAUGAACCAGGGUUAUCUCAACCUGCCUUGUAAAUUCUUUUCUCCCUGUAAGCUAAGUGAUGUGUUCUUGCUAUUGGCAUACUCCCAAAACCUUUCGUUUGGGGCGACGUCUUCCUCUAAAGAGUUUCAAAAGUGACUGGAGCAGUGCCUCGGUCACUAACUAACCUGUUACCUGGCACACUUUCACAACAGUCUGAUGCCAAAAACAGACACUACACAGAACAACUUUAUCUCGGA